GAGGAAUAGUUCAGCAGUGAUGCAAUGCAGUAUACUGGGACGCACCGUAGUUGAUAUUGUGGAAGCCCCUGACCCCCCUUCCCCAGUCGUGCCACCGCUGCCAGCGUUCAUCAGCCGUCCUGGUCCUGCGGCUUCCAGAUUAUCAAGCGCUGAUUUGUUUUAUCCCGUGUCGCAGAAUGACGAACAAGAUGACGUUGGUAUCUGGGUGUACUACCAGAAUGUUCGGGGGUUGAGGACAAAAAUCGACGAGAUCUUUUUAACGACGAGUGACUGCAACUUUGAUGUCAUCUUUUUGACCGAGACCGGACUGGAUAGCCGAAUAAACUCUCAGCAGUUGUUUGGAAAUUCCUUCAAUGUUUUUCGCUGUGACCGCAGCUCAGCUAAUAGUGACAAAGCAUCAUUUGGUGGAGUUUUGAUUGCCGUUUCACGAAAACACGUCAGCUCUAUCAUUGAAACGGUGAAUGGUCAGUGUCUUGAACAAGUGUGUGCAAGUGCUACAGUGCGGGGUAGAAAGUUACUGUUAUGCGGUGUGUACAUUCCCCCUGAUAAAAGCCAAAACGUUGAUGUGAUCGAUGCGCACAUUUCAACUGUUCCGGAACUGUGCAGUAAAGGUUCUGUGAAUGAUAUUGUUCUGGUGUGUGGUGAUUUCAACCAGCCCCGCAUUGUGUGGAAUCAACGGCAUGAAGAAACACAACCCGCUUGUUCUUUGUUGCCAUCCGCUGCUGGUACAGCGCUGAUCGACGGUAUGGAUUUUUUAAAUCUACAUCAAGCAAACCAGUGCAGAAAUCAUCUUGGGCGAUUGCUCGAUUUGGUCUUUUGUUCUUCGGAGCAUCAAUUAAUAGUUGAUUGUAGUGUUACUCCACUGCUACCUGUCGACCCGCAUCAUCCGCCUUUAGUUAUCUCGUUGGCUGGUGACUGCGAAAACAAUUUUCGGAACAUGGACUUCACGAAUGAAUCAAGGCCAUUAAAUUAUAGAAAAAUUGAUUUUGGUGCUUUACUUGAAUUCUUGCAAAACGUUAACUGGAGUGCUUUGCAAGAUAUCGACAACGCAAAUGAAAUGGCAUAUUUUUUCUGUAACAAAAUAACUCAGUGGUUAAGUUCAAAUUUGCCUUUUGUAAAACGGCCAAUAAGUCCCCCUUGGAGCACAGCUUUGCUUCGUAAAUUGAAACGAAUUCGAAAUGCUUGGCAGCGCAAACAUCGUCGCUGGAAGAGCUUUGAAAUAAAACGAAUGUUCAAAAGUUCCAGUGAUAACUAUCGCAAAAAUUCUGGACUUUUGUAA